AUGGCUCAACAUCCUGUAACAUUCGCCAUCAUAGGCGCUGGUCUCAUCGGCCCUCGCCAUGCCUCUGCGAUUCUCAAUACACCAUCGGCGAAGCUUGCCUGUUUUGUCGACAGUAAUCCCGCAGCCCAAGAAGUCGCAGCGGGAUUCAAUGUUCCACUAUACCCAACUAUCGCGGAUAUGUUGGCAUCCACAGACAAGCCGCAAGCAGCAAUAGUCUGCACGCCGAACCACACACAUGUUCCCAUCUCCAAGGGGCUGCUGGACGCUGGUAUUUCUGUAUUAUGCGAGAAACCGAUCGCAACAGAUAUCGCUAGCGCCAUGGAACUUCUGGAGCAUGCGAAGAAGUCCACUGCAAAGUUGGCCGUUGGACAUCACAGGAGAUUCAAUCGCUACGUCAGAGCUACGAAAGCCGCCUUACCAUCGCUAGGCCGUGCUGUUGCAGUGUCGGGUCUCUGGACAAUCUGCAAGCCGUCAGAAUACUUAGAGGGCGUUGGCGAAUGGAGAAAGGACGGUACUAACGGCGGUCCUAUCCUCAUCAAUCUGGUACACGAUGUUGAUAUUCUUCAAUUUUUACUUGGACCUAUUGUUCGAGUGACAGCUGAAGAAACCAUAAAACAGAGAAACUUUGAUGCUGAAGAGGGUGUGGCCGUGUUGAUAAGAUUCGCGAGUGGGUGUGUUGGCACCUUUGUCGUCUCGGAUGCUGUGCCCUCGCCUCACAACUUCGAGUCUGGCACCGGAGAGAAUCCCACCAUACCAGCUAGAGGCAUGGAUUUCUACAGGAUAUUUGGUACGGACGCAUCAUUGAGUGUGCCGGAUAUGAAAAGAUGGAGUUAUGAUGGCAAAGUGAAAGACUGGACUCAGGAUCUGGAGGAGGACACAUUGAGCGUUGGAACCAGCAAAGUGCCUUUCGAGUUGCAGGUGGAGCAGUUCGUUCAAGUUGUUAGAGGACUUGAAGAACCUACGUGCUCAGGAAUAGAUGCUGUUCGAGCUUUGGUUGUGGUCGACGCAAUCAAGAAAGCCAUGAGAGAAGGAGUCGCAAUCGAUGUUCCUUGCGAAUGA